AUGCGGCUCUCCGCGCUUACGAGGGCCUUUGGGGCGGCUUCGGUUGCGUUUGCCACCUUCUUCCCCCUCCCCACAGUCGCCCAGAGCAGCAGCAACAACGACAACAACAACAACGACAAUAGCCACGGCCAAUCCACCUUCGUCACCAAAGACAACCUCCUCGCCUUCGCCAUAACCGCCCCCGACUCCGCCGGCCGCGGCCUCUACUUCUCGCUCCGCGUCCACACGAGCCGCGCCUGGGGCGCCGUCGGGCUCGGCAAGGAAGACAUGCCCGGCUCGCUCAUCUUCCUGCUCCACCUCAACGCCGCCGGCGACAACGUCACCUUCUCCCCGCGGACGGCGCGCGGCCGCUACGAGCCGGAGCAUUUCGCCGCGCUGGAAUACGACCUGCUCGACGGCACGGGCGUCGACGAGGGCGGCUACAUGACCCUCAACGCGCGGUGUCGGGACCACUGCCGCUCGUGGCCCGGGGGUGCCGUCGACGCGUUCGACCCGGACCAGAAGGCUAUUUACGCGCUGGGCGCGCUGGGCGCCCCCGUGCGCGAUGAUGACCCGGACGCGCCGCUUGGGAUUCAUCGCGACGUCGGGGUUUUCCAUAUCGAUUUGCGCCGCACGAAUGACGUCGCGGGGGAGGAGGUGGCGACGCGGCUGGAUGACGACUCGGUCACGAGGGGCGCGGUGCUGGUUCGGUCUGGGAGGGGGGGGAACCGCCACUUGCAGUCUACGUUUCAUGCGAUUUUCAUGAUCUUCGCCUUUUUGGGACUCCUCCCCGCCGGUAUCGUUCUGAUUCAUAUCGGGGGUUGGGUCCGAUGGCACAUCUUCAUCCAGGUGGUGGCUUUUGUCUUUGUCGUUGUUGGAGUCGGCUUGGGCGUCUCUACCAGCUUGCUCUACCAGCGGGCCCGCAAUUUUAGAGAUCCGCAUCAGAUCAUCGGCCUCUUCGUCUUUGGCGUCUUUCUCAUCCAACUCGGCCUCGGCUUCACCCACCACACUCGCUUUAAGAAGAAUGCCGGCGUGCCAACCAAACUGGCCCUGCCCCAUAUGAUCCUCGGCCACUUUAUUGUUACCUUGGGCAUUUCUAGCGCAUUCCUCGGCUUCCCAUUCGCCUUGAAAGGGCAAUACAUGUACGUCCUCCUCGGCCUCACCAUCCUCGUCACCACCGUCGUCUUCGGCCUCAUGUUCUUCAAGAAGUGGCUCCAGCGCCGGGCCAACCGCGGACAGCCCACGUCCUCGCAGCAGCAGCAGCCGUGGCGCGCGCAAGCCGGCGCCAACGUGGCACCCCGCGCGGGCUGGGGAUCUACCGAGACCCCGACGCAUUCUCCUCCCCGCGCCUUCGGGUACCAGCCGACAGGCCAGUCUUCCCCCCAGAUCAGGCUAUCGGACAUGUCUUCGCAGACUUCCCUGGGAGGUGGCGGGCCAACGAACGACGACCUGGGGCCGGCACAUACACCGAAGGCCAUGCUAUGA